GUAGGCUUACCGUCCACUUAGUGGAAGCCUGCUGCGCCUCUAAAGGGGACCCGAGGGAAGGCGGCUGGGUCUUCCUUGUUUUUUCUGUUAGGGUACAGUGGUGUCGCCUAACAAACUCAAGUGAGGAUUCACUAAACACAACAUCUGGAGAACCCUUCUAAAUCACCAGGUAACGUAGUCUUACGUGUCUCCCUCUUGCCUUAUUCAUUUACGUGAAGUCACCUAUCUGCGGAGCGGUCUUACGUGGAAGGGCGGUCCACCUGCAUGCAGCCUUGCGGACCGUACGUGCUCCAGCGGACUGCAGCUAUACACCCCCACUAUGCUGCAGAGGGCUUCCCUUUAGCUUCCUAAACCUGUCCCGCGCUUAGGUACGCAGGAAAAGCAGGACGAGUAGUGCGGAGCCUGACCUAUAUAGCAGGCGCUCCUGCCUAAUUAAACACAGUUACGUAGAAGGAGGGUUGCGCAAGACAGCCCUCCCUGCUUCGCCACCCUGCGCUACCCUCCUGCACCCCCGGUGGAGCAGCGAAGCGCGCGGAGCGGUGGUUCUUUAGCGGCGCAGCCCCGCUUUACCUUGCAGUCGCAAAGCACGCCAGCGGUUGCAGCGAAACUCAC